UGUAGCUCCUAAACCUCCUCAUCAACGUCAGUCUCACCCAAAGGUCCGCAUAUAGCCCGUCUGAUCGAUCUGUGACCAUCGCUCGCAAUCGGGACAGAAGCAAAUCCUCUUAGUCGGAAUCCCAUUCCCCCCGCAGCCUGUACACUCCUGGCUCUGGCCAAGCUGAGGAGCGCAAGACGCUCGCGUCUCUCCAGUCAGGAUGGACCGGCGACGUCAGGUGCUAUCCUACUCUGAUGCCCUAGCUGCUCCAUCGGGUGACGUCGACCUGGAGGCUCCUCUACCAUCGCUUCGACCUAAUGGCGUAUCGUCAAGUGCUUCGACUUCGCGCCUUUCAAAGCCCAACAAUGAGGUUCACUCUCCCUACGAGAUGUCCUGGCCACAGGCGCCUUUGUAUUCCGCCCCUCAGCCUCAACAGCGUGUCGAGCCCCUGACGUUGGCUCCAUUACCAGCGUAUGUUCCUGGACCAGCUUCUGCUACCUAUCCUCCGCCUCCUCAUCAUCUGCAUCAUAAUGGCCCUCACUCUUCACCUUACCCCGGACCUGCGUUCGCGCCUCCCUACUACAGCGGCCCACCACCUCCGAUGACGGCGCCGUAUCAGCAAUCUUCCCAAUUCCAACUGAACAGCCAUCCUUAUCCGCCAGCGCCUUACGUUGCGCCAGCGUCUGCAUCCGCUAUUCCCACGGGCCCAAAAGGCUGGGUCGGACGACAGUCGCAGCUGGUAUCAUCGGGAGCAGGACCCUCCUCAUACCACUAUCAUGACAGUGGUCCCGGCUCGUUCCCACGCCGUCGCUAUGGGACUCCGACCUUCACAGCUCGGAGGCCGAAUUUUCCUUCGCAAACCGGUCGAGUAGUGAUUGAAGACUGUGAUGCCUCAAGUGACGAAGAGGAUGAUGCAGACGAGGUGGGUGAGACUUCGAGUCAAUCACUCCGAAAAUCCAUUCGUAGCAAGACACUUGAGGAUGUUGCCAUCUUGUGGAAGAAAGCGCAGGGAGUACCGCCAGCUUUGAUCUCUGCAACCGGUAGCGGGAAUUCAUCGCCGGCUCCCCACUCGGCUGAGAGUACAGAGUACGAGAAGAAGCAAGCCCAGAUCAAGAUGAUGACGGAAAAGAUCAGACAGCUUGAAGCAGCGAGGAAGAAGGCUAGAGAAGCAGUGACAGUAGAACUCGGCGAGCAGCAGGAAGUCAGACAGAAUGGAGCUCCUACACCUUCUGUGCCUGCAAUCGAAUCGGUUCCCGAUGCCAUCAUUGGGGACCAGGUCGUGAUGGCUGCUUUGCCAGUCGAGUACGGUGGGAGCAUCUCGAAAGGCGCUGAAAGUCCCGUAGAGUCUGGUCAACCCAAAGAUUCCUUCGCCUCUUCGUCGGCGGAACCGUCGGCAUCGACUUCGUCGCAGCCCUCUCCGAAACCCCUUCAGCCAGCGGAAGGCAGCACGGCGCAAUCUAAUUCGCCGUCAUCGGCUCCUACAACGCUACGCAAGCCGAGCGAGGACCUCGAAGAAGGAGAGUACGCCGAGGGCACCGAGACUGCGUCCGCCUCCCCCUCGGCUCCUUCCACCAGAAAGCUCGUCCUAAAUCCUCAACUUGCCGAGCAGAAGAGGAAGCUGCUCGAGGCUAUGAAGAGGAAGACCAAGAGCGAUCCGGUGAUGUCAGACGAGACCCUUCCUUCACCAAUCAUUCUGAAGAGGAAGGCUGACGAUGAGGCAGAUCUGAGUACAGCGCCCGAUGUCGAACCAUCGAUAUCAGUGUCAGCUCCCGCGCCCGCAUCGGACGCUACGUUUGCUGAACCCCAAAUCGCACCUGCCGAGGAGAUUAGCUCCAAACGGCUCAAGAGGCAAAGAAAGAAGGCUAGGCAGAGGGCAGCUGCAGCUGCCCUCUCCGAGACGUCAAGCGCUCGGAAGUCUGGGGGCGAAGUCGAAGAUUCAAAGAGAGAGGAAGUCGACAAGUCAGAGGUAAGCCGGCCUUCCACAGGCCGCUCACAGGAGGACCAUCCAAUAUGUUGCCAUACGGUGCAUCUGAGGUCUCUGCUUGGGCUGGGGAUAUUGACCUAACCUUUCUCCCUUCUAUUCUUCCCGAUCCGUCGUCGUCGUCAUCACCUUCCUCAUCCCGUUUUGCACCCGUCUGUAGCUCACCCUGCAGUCCGCCACAGCCGAGUCUGUCCCUUCCUCGUCAUCCAACAUGUCGAUCUCUCCUUCCUCGUCUAUCUCCCCUCCACACGCUACUCAAGCUACGCUCCUCAAAGGCCAGGUCUCUCCGCAGGCAGCA